UCACUUGAAGAAAUAUUGCUGUCAAAUCAUUGGCUUGAAAUGCUUUGUUAUGGAAAAAAUCUGGUGUGUAAUAUGAAAACUACAAUAUUGAUAUUCGGCCACAUUUUAUUGAGAAAUUCUCUUACUAUAAUCCAAGUUUACCCUUCCAUUUGUACAGUGAUCAUGCUUUACAUGAGUCAACAUCCAAUUUCAUUACCUAUUCAAUUCAUCUGGAAUCAAAUAAGAUCAAACUCAACUCCAAAUAAUAAUGUUCAAUCAGAUAAAAAAGAAAAUUUUAUUAUUUCGAAAGUUGUCUCUACCUUGAACAUUUCUCAGUAAUUCAAUUAUAUUAAAUUUCAUAAUGGUUCAUAAUACUUCAUCCUGAUUCUUUAUAUUCAAUCGUUCUAAAUAAUAAAUUUCCUAUAAAAAUAUUUUGAACAGAGUAAAACUGUGAUGAAAAGUGAUAAAUGACAAGCUUAUUUCGAUCAGUUAUUAGCCUAAAUUUAAAUGUGGGAGACGAACAUUGAAGGGUUCGCCUAUUUCCCUCUCUCUCAAUCGCUUAAAUGAAAAGUGCUAGCUGUAAAAAUAAAUAAAUUAACUCAUAUUAGGCCCUAUUUUAUGAACCAUUCUUAGAACGAAACUUGACUGAACACUGAAUUCGUCUUUGCUGCAAGUAUGAUUCUAGUACCUACCUAAUUUUUCAAUAGCAAAGUCGAACUCAACUAACUUGUUUUAAACCUUGCGCGGCAAUAGAUAAAAUGAAUAGUUCACAUGAAAACGGAGAGCUUACUUGAAGACCAUGGAUCAGUAUGUAUAUGCUGUAACUAUAACAACUGGACCCCUCUUUAUUCAUAACGUCCCCACUUUUUUCCGUUGUCGUCAUGCAGUGAGCAGUUGUUUGUUCAAUACUCCCCUUCUGACAAAGUUUGAUUCGAUAUGUUGUUAGUUUUGAACAGCGAUUCUGUACGGUUACAAGAAAUCAUUUUUCAUCAUAGUUAUUAAUGAGAAUGGUAAUUUUUUUCAUGAAGCAGAAUUCUUAACUAUUAUUAUAAACACUGAAAAAAUUUCUCAAUUCAUUUGAAAGCUUUCAAUUGUAGCCUAAUAAAAAUGUCUAAAAAGUUGGAACCGCUUCACAAAUUUGAUCGAAACAAGAGAUCCUCACGAUUGAUUGAGAAAAAGUUUGUGAUUACUCAGUCAAAUAAAAUUUCUUUGAAACAGUUCUUGGACUUUGUGUCGUCCGCAUAUCACAUUAAUGAAGCAUUAGAGAAUAAUUUCUGCUCUUCAACCAGCUCGCAUUUCGAAUGGAAUAACGUGAUUAGCUGUGAGUUUUUUGAGGAAUUGGUUUACAAUGGAAGGCAAGAUAUAUUUAGAGGUGUAGAUGAGAACCCUGAUUCUCAAAGUUUAUUUGAAAACAAUACAUCCGAAGACACUUUGGAACAUUUUAUGAACUCUGUAUCCGAUCAAGGUACUGCCAAUCCUUCAGUUGAUCUAGUUUUAACGAAUACUGAAUCAGCAUUUAAUGUCCAUGUGGAGCACAAAGCGAAGAAGAAAGCUUCAAAUAAUAUUUCGUGUAAUAAUCACUCGCGUUCAAAAUCAGAAAAAGUAUCCGAAGCGGAAGAAUCCUGCAAAAAUGGCUCAGGAGACAAAGAGAAGGGUAUACAAAUUACAACUAUGUAUUCCGAAGAAAAAUAUAACAAGAUAUCGGAUGGUAAAAUAAACAUGAAAGGUGCGGAGACCGUACUAAAAAACAAGUUGGAUUAUCUUCUUUCUGAAGCUGUUUUAGAUUCAGUACUGCCAUAUCUUUCUAAACCAAACACAAAUUCUAGUCAAAUGAGGAAAUUACUGUAUAACAUGGAAAGUAAGAAGCCUGAAAAAUCUGCAUCAAUAACAUUAGCUAGGGAAAAUAAGAAAAAGUCUUUCUCACCUUCUAGGAUUUCAACCUCUCCAUCAAAUGACAUAGAAGUAGAAAUUCAUGUAUGUGAUGAAGCUAAAAAUUUAAAAAAGGAUUUCAGAUGUUCCCAACGCCUGCUUAUUUCAAAAAUGGGUUAUUUUGCUGAAGUAACUACUGGGCAACGGCUGCAAGACAUGGACAUUUCAGUUCACUGUGAUGUUAACAUUUUUGAGUGGCUAAUGAAUUGGUGUCAAAAGGAUAAUUCUUCCCCAAGAGGCUCCGUGCCUACCCUGGAUGCUACAAAUGUUGUGCCGAUUUUAGUGUCUGCUUCUUUCCUACAAAUGGAUCCUCUCCUCGAAAUCUGCCUUCAUUACUGUAGGAACAACAUAAACGAAAUAAUCAAAUCGCCAGCUAAUAUCAGCUGUCUCAAUGAUAGUAUUGUUACCAGGUUAGCAAACAUGUUUUCGAAUGUAGAAUUGGAAAACUUGAGAGAUAAAAGAGACAAGAUCCGGUCAAGAUUGUACUGCAAGAUGAUAUUGGCCCUCGCUCAUCCUGAACCAGAGCCAUGGAGAGGCCACUUUGUGUCAUUUGCUGCUAUUUAUAAGUGUCUCUAUUGUAAAAAAAUGAUACUUCAAAAAAUUGCUUCAAUGAUAACGUGCAUACCCAAUCGCAUGCGAAUGGACUUCAAAGGCAAUCUGGUUGGAAUGCACGCUCGAGAUGGAUCCUGGAAUAUUACUGAGUAUGUACGUAGUCUGAAAGCUGACCUGAUGUGUUGGAGAAAAGUGUAUUGGCACAUGUGGACCAAAGGCCACUUUUUAUAUUGUUUGAGUUGUCAAAACUAUUAUCCAGUCUAUUAUUAUGAUCAGUGUUGGUAUCACCCCGAGAGUCCUCAGUUUUUCUCCAUGGAGCAACAGCGUUCAACCACUUUUCCAGUUGGUCGUUACCCAUGCUGCGGCGUCAAAGCAUAUCGGUUUGAGUCCCUGCAGAACCCGAAAAAGGGUUGUAAGUGCAAGAAACACAAUCCAAUGUUGAAGGGCAACAGAUGUAACAGUGACAUAAUGAACAUAUUUGAGCUUUACAGACCAAUCAUUUUCGAUGAAUUGAAUUCUGCUUCGCCUGUUGAACUCAAUGUUAAAGUGAGGGCAAAGCGUAACAAAGAGAUGAAGAAGAAAGAGGAAGACUUGAAGAGCAAAGAAUGCGAAGAAGACAGGAAGUGGUGGGAAGGCAUCGAACUUGCUCCUAAUUCCAGGCAGCAAGGUCUACUCAUCCCACAAAUCGACAAAACCAAGGAUACCCAACUAGGUACAUGGGUCAGUUUAUUUUUGAGUGAUGAAAAAAUAGUUUCCAAUGCUGGACAAAAUACGGACUCCAAUACUACACCAAGCUCAGCUUCUGGAGAGGACAGUUUGGAAGAAGAAGAAGGCUCUGAUGUGGGAGAGGGAGAAGAUCAACAACAAAUCAAAUUACUGCUGAGAAGACCAUCAAAUAAGCAAGUUGAUCCUGAAAAGCACAGAAGGAAAAUGAAACUCAAGUGCAGUUUAAAGAGAAGCCAGUGGGUGAGUAAAUAUUCGACAAGAUAUAAUCAAGACAAUCAGAGAGAAUACGAGGAGAAGCUAUUCCACAAGGUUGAUGCAAUGCUGUGCCAGAGAACGUCCAGCAUCAAUGCAACAAUGGUUGAUAAGCAGAACGGUGCUUGCUCAAAUACUGCUAAUAGUAAUAAUAAUAAUAAUUGUGGCUGUGCUCGUCCCCCCUCUUCACCAUCCUCUUCAAGUUGCAGGCGGCAGAUCGUUUCUUGCUCCUCUUUUGUUCCUCUAGGAGGAACUUAUGUCCGCCUAGAAGCACAAUGGAGAGAUACUCACAAUACACAAUCAAUUGGUGCAUAUUCAACAAUGAACAGGGCAAAACCACCUGGUAGAACGAAAUUCAAACAUCAACGAUGAAAUUUAGAAUAUUUUAGAGCAUCGACUAUUUUAAGCAUAGAGGGCUUAGGGUAGACAUAUAUACAUGAUAUUAUUAUACCUUAAAUUCAGACGGAAGUAGAGUGAUUAGAAAGAGUUAGUUGUUGUGAGCCAAUGAUGGCAACAAGUACGGUAUAAUGCCAAUAUGGAACACUUAGAAAAACCAGCACCGUACUAAAUGCAAAAUGGUGCCGACUACGAGGAACUGCAGUUUGAACUUCGAGACAAUAAUCUCCAAACACCUGAAGCAACUGAUAUUAUAAGUGUUUAGAAACCGUGCUUAAAAAUUAUGUUUUGCAUGAUUAAUUAUUGACCAUCAUUCAAACUAAUUUCUACAUGAUUAAUAUGAAAAUGUUAAGGCUGGAUAUUCCAAGAAACAUUUGCAUUUUCCAAUCAUAAUAUGAAUUUUUUAGCAUGGAAUAAUAAAAUAUUUAUGGAGUAAAUGUUUCAACUUCAAUUAUCCGUAGAUUAGUAUUAGUUUAGUUAUAGUGUAGGGUACUGUAUUUUCAAAUCGAAUCGGAUACAGUUUCCAUCAUUUGUGUCUGAUGAGACCAGUAGGCCCACAACUGGACCAGGCCUUAUUGCGAACUAAUAUUUGUGACAUGACAACUUCAAAUGCCAGUCAUUUGAAACGUAUAUAUGAAUCAUAAAUAUCUCCUUUAGGUCACAAAAUUAUUGUGAUUCAUAGAAAAGUAGAUACUUAAUCAUAAAAUGCAUUUUCCAAAGCUGUGUUCCUUCUUAAAGACGA